AUGAGAGCGGCGGGACCUCUUCGGAAGAACUGGCUGCCGCAAGAUUGCGUGCUCGUUCGAUACAUCAGUGACCCGACUUUGCUUCACUGGAGAUGUGUGAUGCUGUGCUUGUAUGGAGACAACGUGGUGGUGCUGACCCCAGAUAGAGACUUGGAGUCAACUAGGCUUGCCACUGGAUCAGUGUACUCUGAAAUCAGGAAGAUGACAAGUGGGAAGCUUCCCGCUGGAAUCCGGGAGCGGGAGACCUACUUGCCCAAGCACUCUCCGAAUGGUGUCAUCCUGCACGAUGAGAUGAGGACCCUGAUGUCUAAUGCAGAGAGACGGUUUGCCGCUGAUGGUACUCGUCGACGUGUUGUGGGAAGACUAGAGGAACCGGAAGGUGUUGUGUCUCCGGAGGCUCAAGCCCAAGCUCCUCCUCACCAACAGCCCCCGGAGCAAGGACCCGAAGGGGAACAGCGGUGGCUGGUGGUCUACGCCUCAGAUGGUCGAGGGGUAGGUGAUGAAAUGGCGAUUGGAGCUGACGUGCAGAGGUUGUUCGUUGGUGGGAAAGAGUUCAGCAUGUUCAGUGAUGAUGGGCGAGAGGUGCUUUGUAGGGGGGUUCGUCAUGAGGAUUUCCACUUGGUACAAAGAGCCGCUCUUGCUGGGGUCAAUGUUGAGCCUCCGGCAGAACGGGAUCUUCGGAUCCUUCCAGUCAUCUUCGAUUCGGCCGAGGAAAGGUGGCGCACUGUGUCGGAGGCGGUGCCGGAAUUCGAGGACGUGGAGUUUGACGAUUACCCCCCUGCAGGGUCAGUCCACGAGCACUCUUCGGUCUGCCGGGCGCUGAACCUGAUGAUGUGCUAUGACCAGCUCAACUUGCCGGCCAUUGCGGCUGCUGAAGCUCUGAAUAGGCGUCGGACUUUGAUCGAACAUGCUCACCAAGGGCGACCAGAUGCCCCUUCGUACGAAGGCGCAGAGGAUUUCCUGGGAGUGAGAGAAAGUGCUGAUGGAUCGAUAGUUGACCCAGCUUUGGCGGCUUUUGCGGCAAAGAGACAAGCAACCAAAGCGGAGGGGAUGAAGCAGACUCGCCUGGCAAGUGAGGAGAAGAGACUCAGUCGCAAAGGCGAGGGCAAGGGCAACAAGGAGAAGGAGGAUGGGGGGCAAAGCCCCAGGAAAGCCCUGAGAAGAAGAGGCCGCCUCCGAUCGAGGGUGCCGGUCGGAGAUACGUGGACUAGAUUGGAGUUUGACGAGCCCGGUGCCGAGUUCUUCGUGGCACAAGAAGAUGUCAAAGACUUUUUCUAUCGGCUUCGUAUUCAUCGUCCCCUAGGUGUUUGCCUCACUGCGGGAUACUUCAAGACCGGCGGCCAGCGCCGAUCCUGGGACAUGGGAGGGGGGCAGCAUUCAUCAGCCCUGUUGAUCUAUGCUGACAACAACAACCACAUAGGGAUAGAGAGGGAGAAGCUGUUGGAAGAACAGAAAAACAUGAUUGGUUCUUUGCACUCGCAUGGACUGGAAACUCACGAAGUCACUGAUCCAGUCUCCCUCGCAGAGAGCUUGGGGAUCCGGAUCAAUGGCGCCGCCGGCCAGGUGGGGACCACAGCGGCGAGGGACUGGAGGCUCGAUCGUGCCUUGGAAGGACUGGCGUUUGCAAGGCCUCGCAUAUCGGGGCAAGAGCUGGAAGUGAUUGUGGGUCACCUGACGAUUCGAGCUCUUUUACACCGGGGGCUCAUGAGCAUCCUUCGGCAUGCAUAUGUUUUUAUUCGCAGAUUUUACCACCAGAGGCAUAGGCUUUGGGCUUCAGUCGCUUUGGAACUUCGUAUUUUUAGAGGGCUGAUGGCUUUAGGUGGGGAGAUGGCAGAAAGGUUGCGCCUCGCAGUCAAGCGUUGGACACCUCCAAAGUUUUUUGAGGACCCCAAGACAGUGCUUCCUGAAGUUACUGGCGAGGUUUUUGGCGAUCUGGAAUUAGUAGCUGGUUUUCCCGAAGUUGGUCAUGAUUUCAUGAACGAGAAAGCCUGGCAUCCUCUCUGGAACUCCCAUAUAACCCACAAAGAACCAGUACACAUGAUUGAAGCCCGCUCCAUUUUAGCAGCAGUAAAGCACAGAAGCCGGGACCACCACCGUCAUCGAAAGAAGAUUCUCAUACUCAAUGACAACAUGUCGGUGGUCUUGGCUUUACAAAAGGGAAGAUGUCACAACUAUGGUCUGCUUCGGAUUAUUCGUAGGAUAUCGGCUCAUGCCCUGGCUACGGGGCAACGCUUUCACAUUCGGUGGCUGGCUUCAGAACUAAAUGUUGCUGACAAGGGCAGUCGCCAAUGGGAGAGGGAGAGACGAGCUGAAGACUUCGAAAAGCGCAAAGCCCCGAAGAGAGGUGCAAAUUUUUCCAAGACAGAGGCUGUGCGUGCAAACCAGAGGAUGCGAAGCCCUUCUCUGGAGGCAGGCCGAAAGAGGAAGAGGAGUCGGUCACCGUCGAGGGCGAGGGAAAGUGCAGGAGUCAAGGUUAUGAACAGCGGAUUGAGGCAGCAGAUAAAGUCAGUAGAGAAGAAGAGGAGGAAAGCUACAGAAAGACAGAAGAAGUUCGUGCGCAAGCUGAGAGCAAGUGCAGGGGAAAGGACCAUUUUGGAGAUCCACUCCGUGAAAGAGCCACAAAGGAAAGAAUACUCUCGGAGGCUGGAAGAAUUCUACAACUUCGUAGCAUUUCACAACCUGAGCAUUCGCACCGAAGGCGAGCUAGACAUAGCCAUGUGCGACUAUGCCGACGAGCUUUUCCUCGAUGGGGAGGGGUGUCAUGUCGGAGAAAAGUUGAAAGCUGCCCUCGAGUACGAACGGCCAGAGGGGAUCAGGAGCAAAGAAGUAGGAGAAGGAGGACAGCUGUGGCCCUUCACAGCCCGCAAGUACCUGGAGACGUGGCGACAGUGUGUGAGAGCUCUAGAGGUGGAAGACGUGGCGGAGACCCCCUACCAGAAUCGUCAUGGAG